ACCAUCAUGGCUAUACCGAGUACUUACACCGAAGAUGACCUUAACAAGCGCCUUGACACGGAAAUUGACGUUCUCCUUGAUAACUUGACGCACUUGGUUGAAGCUGCAUCGCUACGACAAAGCAGCUUGACCGACUCGAGUCAAUUCGAAACCAAAGAUAAAUACAAAAUUGCACAGGAGCGACAGUUGAUGGAGGGCGCGGCUGCAAAUAUCGUGAACUCUGCAGAAUCACUAUUGACGUUGACGUCAGAACUCAAACAAGUCCUUCUACUAAACGAUUUCAAGAUGCUGAACGCGACUCUACACUCUCGCUGGCUAACGGUGAAAGAUCGAGAAGGGAAAUGUAACAAUGCGCUCCUGGAUUUCAAGGAUGAACUGGAUCGCGUCACGAUGGAUCUCGAGGAUGCCCUCUAUACGCCGUCAUCUCGUAGGAGUGGAUAGAGCUAACACUCAACGAUCUAACCAUGAAUUCUCACCCACGUGUAUAUAUAUUUCGGGUCACUAAUUUCGCAUCACUGAGCACUUGAUGCCAAAAUUACGUAUAUAAUGAUGUGUACAUACAUUUGCAUAAUUAUAAUAAUCAUCCUUAUUUAUGAAACUGGA